AUGGAGAUCAUUUUCGUGGUGGUAUCAUUUCAUGGUGAACGUCCACUCAAUAGUACACCAUCGGGUAGUAGUGCACAGAUUCUCAUACAUCAGAGAUACUUCUGGAAUCGAAUAUGGGGUAGUUUUAGUCCACCUUAUUGCACAGAAGCAAAUGUUGCUGCUCAAACACCCAUUCCAGUGUACGAAGACAUGAUCUGUUUAAAAAACUGUACAAGUUCCACUUAUCCCAGUGGUGGACUCUCGACUGCUAUGACAACAACAGAUUGUCAAACAAAUGUGAUUAUUCAAUCAUGGGCUGGUGAACGAUAUGACACACUGAACUUACCCUUGACGACAUCCAUUACGAUUGGCUACCAAUCGAGUGCAUGGAUGACGGGUCUUUAUAUUCGUGCUGCAUCCGGUGCUUGGUCAAUUGUCAAUCGACUUAACUUAGGCUUGAGACCUGAUGGUUAUAUCAACACUAGUNCUGAUAUGUUCAAAACGGAUGGUUUAGUCAAAUUCAGUACAAUGCCUGGAUCAACAAUCAUCUCGAAUGGUUCAUCGAAAUAG